AACCAACUAAACUUCAAAUGUUAAUGUUUGAUUAAUCAAGGUAAAAGCAAACAAACAAAAAAUAUAAUCAACUUGAAGAAAUUAAUAAAAACAUUAUUACAUCGGCCGCCCCUAGGAGACCAGCUAAGCACCGGAUCAUAUGCGCCUCCCACGAGCAUCGUUGUUUUAUUUAUUUAUUUAUUUAUUUAAAGAUACAAAGACUUUGUCAAACCUCAGUUCUUGCUGCUCUAACAUCCAUCUAUAAAUACCAACCUCAUCAACUUAAAGCUUCCAUCAACAAAACACACAGAUUUGAGCAAGAGAGCAUAUACAAAGAGAGAGCUAAGUUUUUGAGAGCCAUGGAUUCCUUCCCAACUAUCAACAUGGAAGAGCUCAAUGGAAAGAAGCGAGAAGUAGCCAUGGGAAUACUUCAUGAUGCCUGCGAAAACUGGGGCUUUUUCGAGGUUAUGAACCAUGGGAUCUCGCAUGAGUUCAUGGACAAAGUCGAAAGGCUCACCAAGGAUCACUACAACAACCGCAGGGAGCAAAGGUUCAAGGAAUUUGCUAGCCAAGCUCUUGAGAAGGGUGAAGAGCUCGAUACGAGCAAUAUGGACUGGGAGAGCACCUUCUUCUUGCGUCAUCUCCCUGAAUCCAACAUUCACGAAAUACCCGAUCUCACCGAUGAGUACAGGAAGGUGAUGAAAGAAUUUGCGUCGGAGAUUGAAAAACUAUCAGAAAGACUACUAGACUUACUGUGUGAGAACCUAGGACUAGAGAAAGGAUAUUUGAAGAAUGCAUUUCAAGGAACAAAAGGACCAAAUUUCGGCACAAAGGUCAGCAACUACCCGCCAUGCCCACGACCAGAGCUGUUCAAGGGACUGAGAGCCCACACUGAUGCCGGUGGCAUCAUCCUGCUUUUUCAAGACGAUAAGGUUAGCGGCCUCCAGCUCCUCAAGGAUGGGGAAUGGAUAGAUGUGCCACCAAUGAGGCAUUCUAUUGUUGUCAACCUCGGCGAUCAGAUAGAGGUUAUUACUAAUGGGAGGUACAAGAGCAUUAUGCACCGAGUGGUCACACAAACAGAAGGGAACAGAAUGUCAAUAGCUUCAUUCUACAAUCCAGGGAAUGAUGCAAUAAUUUAUGCAGCUCCGGCUUUGGUGAAAGAAUCAGUGGAGAAGAACAAUGUAUAUCCGAAGUUUGCAUUUGAUGAUUACAUGAAGCUCUAUGUUGGGAAGAAGUUUGAGGCCAAGGAGCCAAGGUUUGAAGCUAUGAGAGCUAUGGAAACAGCUACUAUUUAAAUAAUUCUAUUGUAUUUGCCUUUAUCUCACAAAAGCUGAUACUUAACAUAUUUAGCUUGUCAGUGUAUUUGCCAUAGGGUAACAAAUUCUUGUUGUACUUAGCCUUUUCGGCUGUAUCUGAGGUGUAAAGCAUAAUGCCUUUGUUAUUAAUUCACAGUAAGAUUAAUAUAUGGUAAUGUUCCCUUGUUUAAUUA